GAAGACUGGCUCACUAAAUGUCUUCUGCAUGAGACCUGUUUGUGGAUAUGCUGGUGUACACUGCCGUUGAUUGUGGUGAUCGUCGGCUAUCGAUAUUGCAAGCGUGUGUUCUCAGAUGAGGUCCCUCUGCUUGCAUUGGUUAUCAAGAAGAGCAUCCAUGGGGCCAUGGUGGCUGCCACAAGCAGACAUGCUGGGGUAUCCGGUGAAAAAGAACAAUACAAUUAUACAAUUGAGUUGAUGGCAAUGUUGGGAGUGUUUGGAGCAGUUAUUAAUAUCAUACAGAUGUCUUACCGUGACUAUCAAUUGACUGCAACUUCAUUGGCAAAUAUGCCUCAGCUUCAUUGGGAAAUAUGUCACACUGCAUUAUUCUUGAGCGAGAAAAACUGCAUUCUAUUAAAUGGAAUGCUUGUGCUGCAAUUAGCAACUGCAAGUUCCUUGGCAAAUAGGCCUCAGUGUGACUUGUGGCGCGAUGAAUUGUAUCGGCAAGUUGCCGGUAUGUGUUCCUCGGUACCAACUCGGCAAGCAGGCCAGCGCUGCAGUUCUUUCUCAGCGUGCCAUUCGUGUCUAGAUCUUAAACAUGGUAUGAAACGAAUUAACUUCCCUCUGUAUUUUGUACUGAAUAUUUUAUAUUUAUUUCUGAGCCACUUUGGUUUUAUGUUCUUGAUUCAGUUGUAG